GACUUUAUUCAUCUUAUAUCAGUCUACUACUUACGUGCGCUCGGAGUGAUUCGCUCCGAAGGUUGUAGUAAUAAUAAUAAGUACUAUGCUUAUUUGACCCUAACAUAAAGGUCAAGUUAUAUCUAGUCGAAAAUUCAGUCAACAAUCUUGUGAUUAUUAGUUUAAUACUCUAGUUUUGUGUUAUGAUAGAUUUAAAAUUAUGUGUAGACGUGGAUAUUAUAUUGUGAUACUUUUAUUGAUUCAACAACAAAAUGCCCUGGAAUAUAAUAAGCAACGAUACAACACAAAUACGGAUUUCCUAUUACAUGAAGCAGGAACAGUUCAAGGAAGUCCGACAGUUCCUAAAAGAGACUAUGUAGCACCCGUGCGUAAUCCUUCGACAAAAAAAGAAGAUUUUCCACCUUUGGGAUCUACUACUCAUACUCAAACGACAGUAACGACUGCGCGUAGUUUGCCUAGUACAUUAUCUACCAGGGUAACACAGUCGUCAGGCAAACGAGAUUAUGUAGCUCCCAACAAUCCAUCUUUAUCAACUACUACUAAAAAACGGGAUGAUUUUCCAUCUUUGGGAACUACAUCAUUCACACAAACUACUAUGCGCACUCUGACCAGCCCGAUUCCUAAUAGAGUGACACAGUCAAACAACAGGCGAGACUAUGUAGCUCCCAACUUUCCACCUCUUUCUUCCUCAACAAAUGCACAAUCAGGAACUGGUAAAGUUAAGGACCUAGUAAAUUUUUAUGACAGUAAAAGUACUCCUCAAAAUGGUCCUCAAAAAGUGCCAAGUUACAGUUCAAUUUUACAACAAGGAAAUAAUCCAAAUUCUGGUAGCACAGCUAAAGUUCUUCCUGUUACCCAGUCUACCCCGAAAAUGAUACCAACUCAAACUCCUAAACCAUUAAGUUUUAGCAGUGUUGUUGCUGGGUCUAAUCGCCCUGCUGCAGUUUCAUCUAGUACAACAAAUAGACCUUCAACGAUGGGUAUAAUAAAUACCCAAUCAAAGCCUGGUAAUAAUCAAGCUUCAAAUCGCCCAGCUGUAUUACCUAGCACUCUAGCAAAUAAUAACAAUCAAGGAAGUAGUGGAAGUAAACCUACAGACACCGAGCUUCAAACUCUUACUGAGGAGCUUCUAAAACGCGAUGUUAAUAAUGCAGCUAAAUAUGUAACUGUUAAUUAUCAAGAAAAAACAACUUCGCAGUCGACAGAUGAUAAGGCGCCUCUUCCAUUACUCACGGUGGCACCUGAAGCAUGGAAUAUUCCGACAAUACAAAAAUUCGUACCAUUAUUAGACAAUUAUGAAAGGGACACGCUAGUCAACGAGCAUGUCACCCCUCAGGAAAGAAACGAAGAAAAUGCCUUUAUGGAUGCAAUAAUGGCUACAUCUGUUAUUCGCCAUUUGAUGAAUUUCUUAAAAGACAAAGGCUAUGUUUCCCCUGAUCCUCGACAACAGCGAGAUUUUCUGAAACAAUUAUGGUUUGGUUUAUACUCCAGAGGCAAAGGAAAAUUAAGCAGUUCUGGUUUCGAACAUAGCUUUGUGUCAGAACUUAAAAAUGGCCAAGUGUCAGGAUUGCAUAACUGGAUUUACUUUUCAAAAGAAGAACAAGCAAAUCGUCUUAAUUACCUGGGAUAUUUAAAAUAUACGCAAUUAAAUGAUAAAGGAGCGAUCAUAAAAUUGCAUUUUAAUCAACAAGGAGUGGAUAAACCUGUCGACAGUUUAUUUAUUGGAACAUCACCUGAAUUGGAAAUGGCGCUUUACACAGUUUGUUUUCUAACUCGUGUUGAUGAUGACUGCAAUGUAAAACUUGCUGGCAAAGACGUGAAAGUGAUGACUCAUAACUUCCGUUAUCGCAGUAAAAAUUAUAUCGGAAGUGCCUAUCCCCAAAUAUAAGUUUUUGUAUAACUUCCGCUUGCAGCUUCCUCGUGUCAAUUUCGAUAGAUCACGUUUAGUUUUUGCGCGGAAUCCUGCUUACUAAUACUACUAUCUAUUAUAUUAUUGUGUUUUUAUUGUUUAAAAAUAUUUAUAAAUAUAUUUUUAUAAUUUUAA